AUGGCGGACGAGCCAAGAACGGCGGCGGCGAGCGGCAUGCCGGACUUCAAGCAGUCGGUGAAGCUCAAGUACGUGAAGCUGGGGUACCACCACCUCAUCAGCCACGGCGCGUACCUGCUGCUGGCGCCGCUGCCGGGGCUGGUGGCGGCGCACCUGUCCACCUUCACGCUGCGCGACCUGGCGGACCUGUGGCAGAGCCUGCAGUACAACCUGGUGUCCGUGCUCGUCUGCACCACGGUGCUGGUGGUGGUGGCCACCGCGUACGCGCUGACGCGGCCGCGGCCCGUGUACCUGGUGGACUUCGCGUGCUACAAGCCCGACGACGAGCGCAAGAGCAGCCGCGCGCGGUUCAUGAACUGCACCGAGUCGCUGGGCACCUUCACGCCGGAGAACAUCGAGUUCCAGCGCCGGAUCAUCGAGCGGUCGGGGCUGGGCGAGGACACGUACCUCCCGGAGGCGGUGCUCAACAUCCCGCCCAACCCGUCCAUGGCCAACGCGCGGAAGGAGGCGGAGAUGGUCAUGUUCGGCGCGCUGGACGAGCUGUUCGCCAAGACGGGGGUGCGGCCCAAGGACGUGGGCGUGCUGGUGGUGAACUGCAGCCUCUUCAACCCGACGCCGUCGCUGUCCGCCAUGGUCGUCAACCACUACAAGCUCCGGGGCAACGUCGCGAGCUACAACCUGGGCGGGAUGGGCUGCAGCGCGGGGCUCAUCGCCGUCGACCUCGCCAGGGACCUGCUGCAGUGCCACCGGGACACGUACGCCGUGGUGAUCAGCAUGGAGAACAUCACCCUCAACUGGUACUUCGGCAACGACCGCUCCAUGCUGGUGUCCAACUGCCUGUUCCGCAUGGGCGGGGCGGCGCUCCUGCUGUCGAACCGCGGCUCCGCGCGGCGCCGGUCCAAGUACCAGCUGGUGCACACGGUGCGCACGCACAAGGCCGCCGACGACCGCUGCUUCGGCUGCGUGAGGCAGCGGGAGGACGCGGAGGGCAAGGUGGGCGUGUCGCUGUCCAAGGAGCUGAUGGCCGUGGCCGGGGACGCGCUCAAGACCAACAUCACGACGCUCGGCCCGCUGGUGCUGCCCAUGUCGGAGCAGCUGCUCUUCUUCGCCACGCUCGUCGCGCGCAAGGUGCUGAAGCGCAAGGUGAAGCCCUACAUCCCGGACUUCAAGCUGGCGUUCGAGCACUUCUGCAUCCACGCGGGCGGGCGCGCGGUGCUGGACGAGCUGGAGAAGAACCUCAAGCUCACGGACUGGCACAUGGAGCCGUCCAGGAUGACGCUGCACCGGUUCGGCAACACCUCCAGCAGCUCGCUCUGGUACGAGCUCGCCUACGCCGAGGCCAAGGGCCGGAUCAAGAAGGGCGACCGCACCUGGCAGAUCGCCUUCGGCUCCGGGUUCAAGUGCAACAGCGCCGUGUGGAAGGCGCUCCGGUCGGUGAACCCGGCCAAGGAGAAGGGCAACCCCUGGAUGGACGACAUCGACAGGUACCCCGUCGACGUCCCCAAGGUGUCAGCCAUCUGA